UUCGCACGCCCCGCCCCUCACAAAGGUCACUGCACAGCCUAUACAGGUGUCAAUAUGGCGGCACCCACAGGGAUCUCACUACGGUGUCUGGGGUAUGCCAGGCAAUGGUUUUGUUUCAGACGACACCGUUUUAUUAUCGUUCCAAACCGGAGACAUUCCGUGUCAGAAAGUGGCGUUUUGUAUUUGCUAAACAAGCGAGGGAUUUUGAAGGACGCCUUUCCGGAUACAGCGGGCCAGCUGCAGCUUCCCAUGUUGUUAGAGUCAGGCUCUCAGACUGUCUACUGCGGCUUUGACCCCACAGCUGAGAGUCUGCAUGUGGGCAACCUUCUGGCCAUCAUCGGGCUCCUUCAUUUCCGAAGCGCCGGUCACAAUGCCAUUGCACUGAUUGGGGGAGCCACUGCCCGGAUCGGAGACCCGAGCGGAAAGGCAACAGAGAGAGAGACACUUUCUGAGAAGAGCAUAGAACAAAAUACCAGAGGGAUAAGGGACUGUCUCGAGCGUAUUUUUACUAAUCAUGAACUGUAUUCUCCACGCAACUCCAAAAAGCCGCUGGGGACGGUGAAUAUCUUGAACAACGCCUCCUGGUACAGAGGCAUUGAUGUGGUUGAGUUCUUGUCCACGGUUGGUAGGCAUUUCCGCAUGGGGACUCUGCUCAGCAGACACAGCGUGCAGUCCCGCUUGAAAAGCGCCGAGGGUAUGAGUCUGACCGAGUUCUCCUAUCAGAUCUUUCAAGCCUACGAUUUUUAUCAUUUGAAUCAGCAUCACGACUGCAGAAUUCAGCUUGGGGGUACCGACCAACUCGGAAACCUGAUGUCUGGAUAUGAAUUCAUUCACAAGGUAACUGAGCAGCAGGUGUUUGGGCUUACAAUCCCACUGGUAACCACCUCCACGGGUGACAAGCUGGGGAAGACUGCAGGAAAUGCGGUGUGGCUCAACAGAGACAAGACCUCCCCCUUUGAACUGUACCAGUACUUCGUCAGACAGCUGGACUCCAAUGCACAGAGGUACCUGAAGCUGUUCACGUUCCUCCCUUUGCCAGAGAUUGAACACAUCAUGGACCAACAUGGCAGGGAGCCGGAGAAACGAGGAGCACAGAAACGUUUGGCCGCUGAAGUGACCAAACUCGUUCACGGCAAAGAAGGCUUGGAGAGUGCUAAGAGGUGCACCAACGCUCUGUACCAGAGUAGCUUGGAUGCCCUCGAGAAGAUGACAGAUGAGGAGCUACAGGAGCUUUUCCGAGAAGCUCCAUUCUAUGAAUUGCUGCUGGAACCCGGGACCUCGGUGCUGGACAUGUGCCGUAAAGCCAGUGCUAUUCCUGAUGGAGCGAGAGGGUACCAGAUGAUCACAGAUGGCGGGGUAUGGUUAAACCAUGCUCGUGUAACAAGCCCAGAGCAGGUCCUGAUUCCUGGACAGCACAUUCUGAACAAUGGGCUCACUCUUAUCCGGAUAGGCAAAAAGAACUUUUACAUUGUGAAGUGGCUCCGCCUCUAAAAACCAGAGCAUGGAGGUUGUGUGUAAACUUCUCAUGCAGAGGGACAUCAUGUCAUUCAAAGUAAUGUCAAAUUUGAAAUAAAAUCUAAAUGACUAUAUAUACAAAAUUAGGUCUACUUAUUGGAAAUAUCGGUGGGAAUUGAUUUACACUGUGCAAGGUUUUGAAUAGGCUAUAAUCUGAAGGUUAAUUUAAAAAGGACCCAGCAUGGUAAGCUAUCUAAAAAGCACAUUACAUUAUACGUGUAUUUAUAAAGCAUUUUCCUAAUGCCUUUUUGUAACCAUUUUGAAAGUGGUGCUUUUUUCAAAUAAACUCCAUGUUGACUAUA